AAUACCAAAAGCAAGUGCCCAAUGGUGACUAAAAUCCAAAAAUUGAAUUUCAAUACCUUUUCAAUAGGUUACAGUUUAUUUCAAGUUAAAUAAAUUCAUUUUCUCAUGUAAUUUAAUCCAGUCAACAAUGCGGUAUUUAGGGCAAGUCUUUGUUGCUUUUAUAGCGUUGCAUUUUUGCAUAAUAACUUGUGACUGUGCUAAAAUAAACACGCCGCGAGUUUUGCUUCCAUGGUUUGAAAAUUUGAAUGUGAAUUUUACAUUUGAAAUCAUUGAGGGAGGCUGCUACAGUUGGAGUUCUUCGAGGGAUGACAUCAUAGAUCUUGAAGCCUUGUAUGGUGAUACUUGGGGCCACUGUUCUCGAGCAGCGCGAGUAUCGGUGUCCAAAACAUGUGUACCACCAGGUUCUGUGAUUAUUUUCGCUGAAGAAGUCAGUACUGGGGAGGUCUUACGUGGGGAUGUUGACAUAGAUAAGAUCAGCUCUUUGAAAAUUGUGGGUACAACAUGGAAGCUUUACUUGGAAGAAGCACCAGAGGCCUUUGAGGUAGUGGCAAAUGAUGAUCAAGGCAACACAUUUUCAACUUUGGAAGGAGUCAGUUUCACUUGGACUAUUGAAAAUGUGGGUAGCACUUAUGGAGAAGAUCCAUUAGUCACGUUGGUUCGUUGGAGCGACACAGAUUAUGAAGCGCCAAAAGGUGUAGCAGAAUUGGAAGCUAGAGGUCUACGUUCUCAUUCAGUCUUAUUAUAUGGACAGGCUAUGGGAGAAUCUAAAGUGACCGUCUGUCUCGAAAAAAUUUGUACUAGCUUCAACUUGCAAGUGGUAGCUAGUGUUGUGUUGACACCUGCUGUGGCAUACGUUGCACCUGGAGACACGCUACGUUACAAAGUGGUAAGAGUACGAGCCGGCCGUCUAACAAUACAAGAUGUAGCAGAAACACUAUACACCAUGAAAGUAGACAACACUGGGGUUGCAACCCUCGAAGACACCAUAAGCCUAGUCCGAGGCACACACAUUGGAACAUCACAUUUGUUCCUGAUGUCAGGCAUCACUGAGGUUUCCAAAGCAACGUUAACUGUGGUAGAACCUCAUUCCAUAAGAGUUAUAAUCAGACCGUCCAACCUUAUAGUGUAUGGCGAGCUUUUUAAUAUACAUUGUGUUGUGUAUGACGAGGCAGGUCAUGCAUUGACAGCUGGACAGGAGAUGUUGAUAAGGUUAACAGUAAACGGUGAUGCCAACGUAGAUUUGCUGAUGUCAAACGAGAACGGAACUAUAACGGAAGCAGUGGCUCAGAAUGCCGGGGAGUUUACAGUUACUGCGAUAUUGUAUUCCAUUGCUGGCAGAGCUUUAAUGAGAAAGAUAGAAGGGCAAGAAUCUGCAGUAGUGAUUGAACCCUUAGAAGUAGUGCCACCAGAGCUUUAUGUAGCAUGGACUGAUACUACACAAGACAUACAACUUCAGCAUCGAGGCGGCGGUGAGGAACCGGUGACGUGGUCGGAGAGCGAGCUAGGGCAUAAUGCCCUCUCGCUCGCACCUACAGGCAUUCUUACAGUUCGUGAUGUGGGUCAGUUGGAAGUUCGAGUACAUCUCCCGAGAUAUCCACACAUUCGCGCGGUUGGCAGAGUAUGGUCGGCUGUACCAGAUUUGAUACAAGUGUCGAGUUCUGGCUUCGCUCGCGUGGGUCGCCCGCACCAGUUACACGUAGCACUCACCGCCACAAACCCAUCUACUGGAGAGCUCUAUAACUUCCACUCAUGUAACUGCGGUUCGUUCACUGUGUCCUUAUUGGAGGGUCCCGAACCACAAAACGUGACGGCAGCUCCUUGGUUACAGCCUAUGGAUGGAGCAUGCUGUGUUAUUCAAUGUUUCUGGAGCACACGUGGUAUAUCCACAAUAAGGGUAUCGCGUGGUAGGAUGGGCGACACUGCACGGAUCGCCGUACGCGCCGCACCGACACUACUGUGGCCGCAACAGGCUGCGGCUUUGGUCGGAGCUUCUUUACCUGUGAUAGCGGAAGGGGAGGCCUUAGAACCGCAGUCCAGUGAACCGCGCGUGGCUGAUCUGACCAAUAGGGAUGGACUUCCACCUUAUCGAUAUCCCGACGCACAGCUGUUCACGCUCAAAUGCCGAAGGAAAGGCGAUGCGCGUGUAGAGGUAGUAUCGUUUACGGAUGAAGAGCGCGAAUCGGUCGAGUUGGAGGUGUCGUGCGCGCCACACGUAUCUCGCAUACGCUUGGAGCCGCCCGAUACGCCCGGAAACUGCUCCGGUGGACCCAGGUUAUGGCUACGUCCAAAUCAAGAAGUAUCCGUAAAAGUGUCUCUCCUAGACGCGAUUGGCCGAGAACUGUUAGACGAGGAAGGGCCCAGCGUGUCAUGGGAAGUUCAACCUUACCACGUGGGAAUAGAGUAUAGAUCCACGGACAGGCUGUUCGUUGAGACUAACCCUGAGUUUGCUAAAGUGCCUGUACCUGAUAAGUAUUUCCAAUUGUUGGCCGCAACUGAGAAUGCCAUAGGAUGGAGUGGAUCACUAAAAGCGAGCAUACCUGAUGCCACUGCUAGUAUUCAAGCUAAAGUUGUGGCGCCGUUGAAAUGUGACCCCUUAAAAGUUAACAUAGCUUGGGAAGGCGAAACUGUGUCGAAUAUAGCGACAAUAACGGGAGGUAGCGGCAAAUACUCGGUAGACACCCCUAAAGGGGUAACUGCGUCCAUCGAAGGGGGAAGUGUGACAGCUUUGGUGCCAGCCCCUGGCAACUAUGACUUGGUUGUAGCUGACUUAUGUGUUUAUGGAGAGAAACAGGUUGUUGAGGUGAACAUCGAAGAAGUCCUAAGCGUAGAAGUAGCCACUGCUCGCGCGGUUUGUGUCGGAGGCUGCAUACCUAUAACUGCCUUAGUCAAGGGAAUAUCACACCGGUACUUGAGCACUAGCCGCGAACCUGACUGGAAGACCUUGGGCGAUAUAACGGUGAAGAAUGGAAGCUUGUGCGGGUUGAAGGAGGGCUUUGGACGAGUUAGGGCUGCUUUGGGUGGCGUUUGGAGCCCUGAAGUUGAGGUGACGGUUUUCCCCGCGUUGCGAAUAGUACCGGAACGUUCGCGCUUGCCGGCGGGCGGGCGCGUUCAGCUGCGACACGUGGGCGGGCCGCCUUCGCACCUCGCUGCUCUGUCGUACCACGCUACACACGGACAAACACACUUGCAGGUGUCUCCAUCCGGUUUAGUACAAGGUGUAUCGACGGGCAAAGCACGCGUUAAGCUGGUUGCAUCCGAUUUCGGCAACGUAGAACUAGCCAGUGCCGAAGCUGAAAUCGAAGUAGUUCCCAUAUCGAACCUACGUGUUAAGGCGGCGACGCAAACUUUGCUAGUGGGUCGGCCAGGCCCCGUGUGGAUAGAGGCCGCAGGGUUGACCGCUACAGCGCUGUCGUCUCUGCAACCCGCGCCCAGAGUCACGUGGAGCCUCCGAGACCCCACCACUGCGAGAUUGUACAAUACACAUGCCGAUGAUCAGUUGGAGCGGUCUGUAGUAGAAGGGCUGUCCGUGCGCGUGGUACCACUGAAACCUGGUGUGAUUACGCUUGAUGUCAGGGUACGGAACAUGGGACAGGUGGCAGAAACCCGUUCAUGGGACAGCACGAUCGAGAUCCUCGGCAUAUCGGACAUACGGACAUCCAUCGACGGUCUAUCCCGGGAACUGAACACCGGGGACCGUUUGUCCAUGGCCGUAGGUGCCACGGUGCGCCUCGUGUCUCUGCCUCGAGGCAGCUGGUCCGCGUACGAAGACGGCUCGUGCGAAGUGAGGAGCAACGGCGACGUGGCGGCUACGCGACCGGGACACGGAGUCAUACUCGCCAAGCAUCGCGACGACAGGAACGAUAUCGACAGACUGAGCGUGAUCCAUGUGGAAGUGUCAACCCCCCACUACUGCACGGCUGAGCCUUCAGGCGAGACGGAAGAGUCUUCAGUAAGAAUCGUGCUCAGGAACUCGCUGGGUAGGGAGUUGUUAGCGCCACAGGCCAACGUUUCGCUCGGACCUCCGUUCGCCGCACAUGUUCGACGAGCUGCUGACAGUGUUCUUGGUGACGAGUUAUUGAUAGCUGGGUUAGACGCGAGCGAAGCAUUUCUGAGCUUCCAAAGUACCAUUGGUGGUACUACGGUCAGCGAUGAAGUUUGGGUCACUGGUUCAGAUUCAUACGCCAACAGGGUUAUAGCCACCGGCAGUUGGGCGAUAUGCAUAGACGGAGUGGGCUGGCGGGCUCCUCCGUCGAUACAACUGUUCCCGGGCGCCGGAGUCACUUUGGCGAUACUAUCUCAAGACACAUCCGCGCGACACGUGCUGCGUUUAGACCGACCCGCUGCCACUUAUAUCAUACACCAGUUACCUGUGCAGAAGAUGGUGUUUGUACCCGGCGAAUGGCCAUUUGCCCUCGUGCCUCUAAGUAUCGAGGGUUCAGGCCUGACGACCAGUCCGCUGGUCUGCACGGAGGAACAGAAGUACGCCUUGGAAGAUGUUGAGGUGGAACUGCCCUACUCUUGCAGGACCAAGGCGCCGCAUACUGCGAAACCGGUGUUGGAUAUCUAUAGUGGUCAACUCGGUUGCACGAUAAUUCCAGCAACACAGAUCAAAGAAGCAUCUGAAGUUGAACUGUGUGCUGAAUGGGGAGUAGCCCGAACAUGUACUAAAGUCCUCUUACUACCGCUCAUACAAGUUUCCAGCACCAAACUAUCAAUCAACAACCCACCAACAAGUUUCACCAUAACCGGACACCCACAUGCUUUGAAAGUAGUCAAAAUCACCUCAUCUCCAGGCUUGAAACUCGAAAUUAACACCAAAGACGGUGAAAUAAACGUUUUGAUCAAUAGUGAGGUUACUACUUGUGGUUUUGGAUGGGUCAAUGUGGUGUCGAAGUUGACGUCUCAAGAUAUAAGGAUUGAAGUGGAAAGGGAGUGUGAGGUUGGAUGCGGAACAUUGUUGGGAGCUAUCUUCUCACUUGUGAGGCCGUUUUUGCCAACCCUAGUGACUAUUGUGGCGUUGGUGGCUGGAUAUACUUAUGUUCAAUCACGUCUAGAGCAGAAAGGCAAGAUCAUGUUGCCAAAGGAGCCAGCACAGACAGUGCUAAGCCCGACUCCACCGCUACGCAACAGAACCUGGUCCCGCAGUCCGUACGCGGCGGCCGGGCCCGCGGCGCCGGUGUAUGGAGACUCCAGCAUGUUGCCUGAUGCUAGCUUCUCGCCUGACUCCACUAGAAUACACUCCAGGUUUCUUUAGUAACCUCGGAAAAUAAGGCAGCGCCCAAAAGUGAUUAUGUUAUGAAAAGUGAUGACUAUGUAAGGUAAAGUGACAGUUAAAUUAUGAAAACUUGUGACUAAGUUAUGAAAAGUGAUGACUAAGCUAUUAAAAGUGACUUAUGUGUGAAGUUACACUUUUAAGUGAUAAAGUGAUGUUUAAUAAUUCUUAUACUCUCGAAAAGGAGGUCUCAGGGCGAGGUUAAGUUGCCAAUGGAGCCACCACAACAGACAGUGCUAAGCCUAAGGCCUAAAACACAUGAUGUAGAUCAAUGGUGACUCAAGUUACUUUUCAAUAAUUAUAUUAGGUUUGUCCAGGUUGUAUAAUAUAAUAAGUAUCUAAAGUGAGUAAAAAGUAGUGAAAAACUAUAUUGUAAUGAAAGUGACGAUUAAAUUAUGAAAAGUGACUAUGUUAUGAAAAGCAAUGACUAAGUUAUGAAAAUUGACUCAAGUGUUG